UUUGAUGGGAGAUUUCUUUCUCAUCUCACAAUAAUAACCAUCAUCAUCGGGGAAGCUUCUAUUCCGAGAUCCCUUGCCCUUCUUCCCCUUGUCCCAUACUCCCAUCCCGUGCUUCCAUUUCUCCCCGACUCCUCCGGCCGAGUCGGCACAUGUGGGCCCCACCCGCGGCGUCGCCGACGACGGGGGCGAUCCCCUCGCUCCGGCCGUCGCGGGCGGCGGAGGUCCGCGUCCUCGUCACGCUCCGGCCUGGCGCCGCGCGGCCGCAGGAUCAGCCGCGGCGGCGGCUCUGCCUCGCGGUACCGCCGCCCGCUCCGGAGAUGGCCUCUGCGGCUGCUGAAGGGGAUGGGGAGGGGGAGGAGGAGGAGGACGUGGUGGUGGUCGUACAAGGGGGCACGGAGAGGAAGAAGGCGGUGGAGAUGGACGCGGCCGUGAGGCGGGAGCUGGCGAUCCGGAGGCUGCGGGAGGAGGCCGCGGCGGAGGCGACCGAGGCGGGGACGAGGAAGGGGAGGAGCAGGAGGGAUUUCGCCGUGUUCGAGACCGCCAGGGGCGACGCGCUCUUCACGCAGUCUUGGACUCCGGCCGCCGCCGAUCGCCUCAAGGGCGUUGUUGUACUGUUGCAUGGUCUAAAUGAGCAUAGUGGAAGGUACAACCAUUUCGCAAAACUGUUGAAUGAUCAAGGGCUUAAAGUUUAUGCCAUGGACUGGAUUGGACAUGGUGGAAGUGAUGGGGUUCAUGGAUAUGUUUCGUCGCUUGAUCAUGCUGUUGGUGACUUGAAAGAAUUUCUGGAGGAUGUUGUAUUGGAGGAAAACCGUGGUUUGCCGUGCUUCUUAUUUGGGCACUCCACUGGUGGAGCUAUUGUUUUGAAGGCUGUGCUGGAUCCUUUUGUAGAACUUCAUGUAGAAGGGGUGGUCUUAACGUCGCCAGCUAUUCAUGUUCAACCAUCUCAUCCAAUCAUCAAAGUUGUUGCACCAAUAUUCUCCAUGCUAGCUCCAAAAUACCGAGUCAGUGCUUUGCAUAAGAGAGGACCUCCUGUUUCACGCGACCCAGAGGCUCUGAAGAUGAAAUAUUCAGAUCCCCUUGUGUAUACUGGACCAAUUAGAGUCAGAACUGGCAAUGAAAUACUCCGGAUAUCGUCAUUUUUGCAAAGAAACUUGAGCAGAGUUACUGUCCCUUUUCUUGUUCUCCAUGGUACAGCUGACACAAUAACUGAUCCGAGAGCAUCGGAGCGAUUAUACCAAGCAUCAAUGUCAACAAAUAAAUCAAUAAAAUUAUAUGAUGGAUAUUUACAUGAUCUUCUCUUUGAACCUGAAAGGGAUGAUAUUGCAAAUGAUAUCAUCAAUUGGUUGAGUGCAAGACUUGAUGUUCUCCAGGGAUGGUGAGGUGAAUCAAGUAUCAACUACAAGGUGCUUCCUCUUAUGUAGUUACCAGCGGUUUUACUAGAACUGUAUACAUGGCAUAGAGUGCAGAAUAGUGUAACUGUAAACGAGGAUGUUCUAGGAAUUAGGAUGUUAUCAUUAUGUUCUUCACAAUCAUUUGUUGUCUAAAUUUCUGUUGUAUAAGUUCGGAAAGAGCCUACAUGAGAUGUAAAUAAUAUUAGGGUUAAGCUGAAAAUAAUGUAUCUCCUAAUACACAGUUAGUUCAGUGCCACUUUAAAAGAAAAGGCUUGGUUCACAUUUUUUUUUC